UUUGUUUGUUUACUUUUCCACCAUGUCGGAGCAGCCGGAGGAGACUGAAAGUCCAGUGACGGAUUCUGGAAAUCAUGACAACGCCGCGGAGGACAACACGUCGGAAGCCUGCGCGUCUCCCGAGAAAACAGAGGCCCGAAAAGACAGGGGCGACUCGGUCGGAUCUAACAGCACUGACAAGAAAAAGAUCGAUGUCUUCCUAAAGGCGACCGGUGACGCUCCAAUCAUGGCCAAAAGAAAGUGGGCCGUUUCGCCAACAUCAAAAGUGAUGGACAUCGUGGACUUCGUCAGGAGAUACCUCAAGCUUGACCAAUCGGAGUCCCUGUUUCUGUACAUAAACCAAGCGUUUGCUCCCUCCUUGGAUCAGGAGAUCAGCAACCUUUAUGAGUGUUUUGGGUCCAACGGAAAGCUUACCCUUCACUAUGCAAAAACUCAUGCCUGGGGUUGAAGCGAACAAUUUCAAAUAACAUUUUUGUAAAUAGUGUGAAAUAAAUGCUACACCACGUUCUGCCAUUAC